AUGGAAAAUCCUUACGAACAAGUUCAUCAGAGCAUCUUGGCACGUAUAGUGAACAACGUUGAACGUUUGAACGAGAGCGUUGUUACUUUAAACCAGGAAUUGCAGAAUAUAAACGCCCGCAACAAAAACCUGCAGAUUAUGGGCCAAAUGAGUGAAAACUAUCACAAGAGCGUGCAGUUCAACAUGACGGCAACCAACCAAAAACGGCCACCUUUGUGA